UGUCUCUUUAAGGUCGUGGCGAGGGGUGGGGGCGCGCGUGGAUGGCGACGGUUUGUGGUGGUCUGGGCUCGUCUCGCGAGAUCAGCGUUGGCGCCGUGACCUCCAUGUGAGAGCAGCGGCGCUUUGGUAAACAGUCCUCGGGGUUAGGACAUGGCUCCCGCCGGCGACCGUUAAGCUUAGCCGAGCCGGCAGCUCCCAACUAAGGUCUUGACAGGGUUUGCCGCCAUUCUGGGGUGGCUCGAGAGAGCCGUUGCCGCCGGUAGGUCGCGAGUGAGGCGGGUGGGAUCGGCGGACGAGCUUAGGAGGAGUCGAAACUGCUGGCGGGUCGGGUAAGAGGAAGGAAGGAAGGAAGGCCGGCCGGUAACAGAAGCGGCUCGCGCCGCGGCGGUCCUUGAGAUUCAGGCAGCAACUCCUCAUCGCCACCCCCGCUUCGCCAAGUGGAAAAAUCCGGAGGAGGAACCUCCCGGUCCUUCUGCUUCCCCCACCCCCUCCUCCUCCUUCGGGAGCGCGCCAUGUGGAUCCAGGUGCGGACCAUCGAUGGUGCCCAGACCCGAACUAUCGACGACCUCAGCCGGCUGACCAAGAUCGAAACUCUGCGCGAAAAGAUCCAGGAAAGCUUCCGCGUAAGCCCUGAACUGCAGCGCCUUUUCUACCGGGGCAAACAGCUUGAAGAUGGCCAUACCUUAUUUGAUUACAAUGUUGGACUGAAUGAUAUAGUUCAGCUUUUGAUACGCUCAGAGUCUGAUGUUCCUUCUACAAUUUUGAAUAAAAAAGAUGGAAAGCCUGGUCCCUGUGCGGUUACCAACUGUAAGAAUAAAGUCAAACAAGGAGCGAACAGUGGAUCGAGUUUGCCAUCUACAUCAGCUCGCUCAUUUCUUAUAGAUCCUGGCAUUGGUGAAUACAAGAUAAAUGAAUUGGUGGAUGCCCGAGAUGUCACUAUUGGAUCCUGGUUCGAAGCUCAUAUAGAAAAUGUAACUCGAGCAACAAAAGGACAUAAAAAUGGAAAAGCUCAAGGAAAGAGUGGCAGUAAUUACAAAAGGACUAAUGGAAACUUGAGCCAAGAUCAUUCUAGAGAAAAUACAAAUAAUUUGGACAAUACACCUUCCACAUCUUAUACAGAUUAUAUGGAUACUGAAGAUAUUAUUUAUCAUAUCAAGUAUGAUGAAUACCCAGAAAGUGGCAUUGUGGAAAUGAUUGUCCGUAAUCUGCGGCCUCGAGCAAGAACUAUUUUGAAGUGGAAUGAAUUACAUGUAGGUGAUAAGGUGAUGGUUAAUUACAACGUAGAGAGCCCAGAAGAAAGAGGAUUCUGGUUUGAUGCAGAAAUUACCUCUUUGAGGGAAAUUUCAAGGACUAACAAAGAGGCCUAUGCCAAAAUUAUGCUGGGGGGCCCAGAAGAUGUAAUAAAUGAUUGCAAACUACGUUUUAUAGAAGAAAUAUACAAGAUUGAAAAACCAGGAGCAUAUCCAUUGACAUUUGCAGAUGGAGAGUUCAAAAGGAAGAGUGGUCCUGAAUGUAAACAUUGCAGAGCUGACCCAGAUAAAGAAUGCCGAUUUUGUUCUUGUUAUUUAUGUGGGGGAAAACAGGAUGCACACAUGCAACUUCUCUGUGAUGAGUGUAAUAUGGCUUACCACAUAUAUUGCCUGAACCCACCACUAAGCAAAAUACCAGAAGAUGAGGACUGGUAUUGUCCUUCCUGUAAAAAUGAUUCUAACGAAGUUGUAAAAGCUGGGGAAAAACUCAAACAAAGCAAAAAGAAAGCAAAGAUGCCAUCUGCCUACACUGACAGCCAACGUGAUUGGGGCAAGGGCAUGGCCUGUGUUGGCCGUACUAAGGAAUGCACUAUUGUUCCUUCUAACCAUUAUGGACCUAUACCUGGUGUUCCUGUUGGAGCAACAUGGAAAUUUAGAGUGCAGGUGAGUGAAGCAGGUGUUCAUAGACCUCAUGUUGGUGGAAUCCAUGGACGUAGUAACGAUGGAGCGUACUCUCUUGUGUUGGCUGGAGGAUUUGAAGAUGAAGUUGACCGAGGUGAUGAAUUUACUUACACUGGGAGUGGUGGAAGAGAUCUUUCUGGCAAUAAAAGAAUUGGGGAACAUUCAUUUGAUCAAACUUUAACACACAUGAACAGGGCCCUGGCUCUAAAUUGUGAUGCUCCAUUGGAUGACAAAAAUGGAGCCGAGUCUAAAAAUUGGAGAGCUGGGAAACCAGUUAGAGUUGUUCGCAGUUCAAAAGGUCGAAGGAUCAGCAAAUACGCACCAGAGGAAGGCAAUAGAUAUGAUGGCAUAUACAAGGAAGUCCACUACAACACAGUGGAGAUGAUCAGAAGCAAGAUAGAUAAAUUGAGAUCAAUACCUCAACUUGCCUUUGUGGUGAAAUAUUGGCCAGAAAUUGGAAAAUGUGGAUUUUUAGUUUGGCGCUAUCUUCUGAGAAGAGAUGAUGCUGAACCUGCACCUUGGACUACAGAAGGAAUUGACCGGUCAAAGAAAUUGGGCCUGAGUUUACAGUACCCAGAAGGCUAUUGGGAAGCUAUGGCGAAUAAAGACAAGAAAGAUAAAGUAAAAAAGCAGCCUGUGAAACAGGAACCAAUGGAACAGAGCAAUGGAAAUCAGAAAAGACCAAUUAAUGAUGACAAUAUAAAGCAACCUACAAACACAGCCAAAACAAUGAAGCUGAAUGAUGGAGGGAAGGGAGAAGCUUUUCAGCUAACGCAGCAACAACAAUGGUUGAUACAGGAAGAUUCUCCAAACCAGAAACUUUGGGAUGAAGUUCUUAAAUUUCUUAAAGAAGGACCAAAUUUUUUGAAGAAACUGGAACAAUCCUUUAUGUGCGUUUGCUGCCAGGAGCUGGUUUACCAGCCAGUGACCACAGAGUGCCUGCACAAUGUCUGUAAAAGCUGUUUACAGCGCUCUUUCAGAGCUGAAGUCUUCACCUGUCCUGCUUGCCGACAUGACCUUGGGAAGGGCUACACCAUGGUUCCCAACAAGAUACUGCAGACGCUACUUGACCAGUUCUUCCCUGGUUAUAGCAAAGGACGAUGAUAUGUAUUUGUAACCUUAUUCUCAAAAUGACUGAAUAAAUGAAAAGAAUAAACCAUCUAGAAAAACAGUGGACCAGCCAGCUUGAGGGAAUUCAUAUUUACUAUCAUAUUGUGAAGCCGCAAAUUCAACCUUCUUUCCCAUUUAGCAAUCUGUUGUGUAGUAACAACUUCAAAUUGUCAGCUUCCUUUUCACAAAGGUAGUUUUGACAGAUGACCAUUAGUUUGUAUGCAGGAAUAAAGGCUUUUCUUGGCUCUGGCCACGGUAGUAGCAGGUCUUCAGUUGUUUUUAUAACUACCUCAGAUGGAGAAAACAAAUUUGGGGGAAGUUUAACAACACAUCCAAUGAAGUUUAGCUACACACUGCCUCCUGAACAUUAGUUUUGCCUAGUCCAUGCAAUUUGAUUUUGCAACAAGAAAACAGCACGUAAAAAGCCAGUUUUAUUGCAGAACAUCAAAUGCUGUGGUGUGCAUAAUUCUUUAUUGUAUUUCCUCUCCUGCUGUCUUUCUUACUCCUUUUGCAACAACAAGCUUUUAGUCUAUUUUUGUGAGCGUUAUUGUGCUCUCGUAUCUUCUGCAAGUUGACUACUAAGGACUGAAAACAAUAUGAAUGCAUUGUUGCUGUUGAUGUAAAGUGAUUUGUGUUUUUUGCACUUAAAGAGGGUUUUCAAGACACUCUGAAUUGUGUAAAAACUAUUUCAUAUAAAACAAGCCACUUUUGUAUUAGGUAAAAUUGUUUGCUUUUAGUAGGUCUUGUAUUAGUGGCAAUACAUCUUAUACAGCAUUGAAAGCAGUGCUAGCUUGGAGAGGGCUCAAAUUGCUUCAUAUUGUGAUCUGAAAUUUUAUAUACAGUAUAUUCCCCAUCCCUGAAUAUACUUAUUAAAUAUUUUAUGAUUCAUAAAGUGUUGAUUGUUUGCAUUUUACACCCAUAACAUGAUAGCAAGUAAUUUCCUAAAAUAGUGCUUGUAUAUAUUACAUAAAAUUCCAUUUGAUAUUUUGAUAAAUGGGAUUAGUAAACCUGAAGUUUACAUUAGUCCUUUGGGCAUUUGCCUUGCAGAGUUAUAUAUUUUAAAGUACAUUUUUAUAAGACUUUCAUUCUGAGGAUAUUACAUUUUCAUAUCAACUUUUGAUUAUAGAUAGCAAAUAACUACUGAUAUCAGAACAGAUAUGUUUGAGUACUUACAUACUAUUUUAACAUAUACAUAGUUGUUUGUGCAUUGUUUGAGUGGGGAAGCUGUAUUAUAAAUUGAGACCGAAGCCUUUUGAUUUCAAGUCUGUUUUAGGUAUGGUACUGAACAUUGGAUUAGCAUUAUUUAACUAGUUUUAGUUUACAUUCCAGUCUUUUUCCUUUAGCAGAAAGAAAUUAGAAUUAAAAUAGGAUAGUUUAAAAAAUGAGCGUUGAAUUCACAUGUAACACUGUCAGAAUGUUUAACUUAAAAGGUUAAAGCCAUAGUGACUUACUUUACAUGUAACACUAAAUAAAACAGAAAUCAUUAUGGAUGAACUGGGCCUGUAUCAAAACUCAGGUUGAUUUAUAUUAUACUUAAGUCAAUCAGCCAGGAUAACAAAAAUAUAAAAAUUAUAUAUGACUUAUUUGAAUUAUUCACAGAUUAAAUAAACCAGAUUUUUUCAGCUGUGAUAGUAAUAGGUAUCUAGUUAAAUAAAAAUUGAAAGUAGAACUUUCCUAUUUCUCCCUCAGAUACACAAAUAUUGAUUUUGCUAUGUCAGCCAAUGGCCUUUUUAGUCAUAAGAGUUUAUGAAUUUGCAGCUAAAGCAGGAUAAGAAAGCAAAGUUUCAUAAAUGGUUUUAGCUUCUCUGGCAGCAGUAGCAGUCUCCUGAGUGAUGAGACAGCUGUGAGAUUUAAAAGCUUCUUUUGGGCUUUAAGUCAUGGCUAGUGAAUAUAUCUUCAGCCUAGAUAAAGGGUUAAUCUUUUCAUGCCCUGGAAACUUCUACCCUGCAUAUACUGGAUUCUGAGCCCCAUUUGUCACGCCAAUUGAAUCUCUAUGAUGAGGAAUAAAAUUGCUGGAGUCAAUUCUCCAGCUUUUAUUUAGAAAAACUGAUCAAUAAUCCUUGGUUAUUUUGUAAAGAUAGUUAAUAUUAAUCACAAACUGAUUGAAACCCAAGUCACAUAUUAUGGACAUAAGCACACAUGAGCUUAUGUCCCGUACACAUAAAUAUUAAAACUGUAAGUUAGCAUUGUGUUUAAACCACACCACGGUUAAUUUUAAUAGGAUAUGAAAAUAUUCAGUGGCCAAUUUCUGAUAUGUUAAAUAAUAACUUUUUGAACAAGCUAUAGUAUUCUGGUUCACCUAAACUGUAAGCCAAGAAUCAACAAUCGUAUGCAGUGGCCCAAGUAUUCCGCUGCCUCCUAUCACAAAAUUUAAAAUGUUAAAUUUUCUGGAAUUUUGAUAACUUCCUUUGAGGUGGCUGGAAAUUUGUGAACCUUUGGAUGAAAUAAAUGUUGGGAUUUUCGUGCAAGAUUUCAGAAUUUUAAAAAUGCUGAAAUAAAAUAAUUUUGGGAGGAGGUCAGUUGUCCUUUUCUACUUUCUGUCAUAAGGAGGCACAGCACUAAGCAUAAACAAAGCCCAACUUCUUUUUGGCUUGUGCAAGACUUUACCAUGUCUAUUUCAGAAUGUACAGAGUCCCAUCUUAAGCAUGAAAGCUGGUUGGGUGACUUUGGGCCAGUCUCCCUCAGCCCAACUCAUUUCACAGGGCUGUUGUGGCGAAAAUAAAGAGGAGAAAGGAGUAUUAGGUAUAUUUGCCACCUUGAGUUAUUUUAAAAAAUAAUAAAGGUGGAAUAAGUUUUUUUUUAAAAAAAUCCAGUAUAUGUUUCCUAAAUUAGCUAUCCUUUAGCCAAAAGAAUAACCAAAUAGUGCUAAUUAAUUAACUGCUAAUAAAAUGUUGAACAUUUUUCUGAUACAUUAGAACAGUUUGCUUUGUUACAGAGUAACAGAAUUUAUUCCAAGUUCAUUUGCUGUAAAAUUACAACCUCCAGGUCUACUGGAGCAUUAAAAGGAGACUUUUUCCCCAUAAUUUGUUGCUAGCAUUAUCAUAUGUAGGAGACACUUUAUCAUUCAUUUCCUAUCCCUGCAAGCUUCUCUGAAACCAGAGGUGGUAAGCAGCACACUAAAUGGGGUGUUUUGUGGUUCUUUUUAAGCAAUUUUUAUAGUGGUCAGCAUGCCAUCAAUGUCUUCAAAUUGGAAUUCUCUUUUGACAGUUGUGGGCAUCUCUUUGUUCAAUGUGAGAUAGCUUUUAAAAGUUAUGUGCUUUUGAUGUGUGCUGUAAAGGAUGUACUCUCAUCCUUUAAUUUCAAAUAAUAAAUUCAGAUUGUUGCAUUUGCAUUUAA